UAUUGUCACUUGACGUCACUGACUGACAGCGAUUGGUAGUGUCGGUCUCGAGCUCUCGCGAAAUAUAAUCGCAAUUUUAUUCUCAAUCUCGAUUUAAAAUCGAGGAAAUAAAGAUUCUUUAGUGAAAUCUCUAUUCCUACGUGACCGGGCGACAUCACACCAUGGCGGCCAACAACCCAUUCAGCAGCUUAGUCAAGACAUUGGAGAUAAACGGAAAAACAUACAAAUAUUUUGAUGUGACCGCUCUGGGGCCUAAAUAUGACCGCCUCCCCUACAGCAUAAGGGUGCUGUUGGAGUCGUGCGUGAGGAAUUGCGACAAUUUCCAAGUCCUGGAGAAGGACGUACAGAACGUUCUAGAAUGGGAGACCAAUCAAUCCAAAGAAGAUGCCACGGAGAUAGCCUUCAAACCGGCCAGGGUCAUAUUGCAGGACUUAACAGGUGUGCCUGCGGUGGUGGAUUUCGCUGCAAUGAGAGACGCUGUACGCGAUUUGGGGGGUGACCCCCACAAGAUCAACCCCAUAUGUCCAGCGGACCUGGUCAUAGACCACUCGGUGCAGGUCGACUUCGCUAGAUCGCCGGACGCCUUAAAUAAGAAUCAGGAACUGGAGUUUGUUAGGAACAAAGAGAGGUUUCAAUUCUUGAAGUGGGGAGCCCAAGCAUUUGAUAAUAUGCUUAUCGUGCCACCCGGCUCCGGUAUCGUUCAUCAGGUCAAUUUAGAAUACCUAGCUCGAGUGGUAUUCACUGGUGAUGUCCUGCAUCCAGACUCGGUGGUGGGAACCGACAGUCACACCACUAUGAUCAACGGUCUUGGCGUAGUCGGAUGGGGGGUGGGUGGAAUCGAAGCCGAGGCCGUAAUGUUGGGUCAAGCCAUCAGCAUGUUGCUACCUAAAGUGGUUGGUUACAAAUUGGUGGGGGAACUUAAUCCAAUGGCAACUUCUACUGAUCUGGUGCUCACUAUUACUAAGCACCUCCGCUCCUUAGGCGUGGUGGGUAAAUUCGUCGAGUUCUACGGCCCCGGGGUGUCGGCACUGAGCAUAGCAGACCGCGCCACCGUGGCCAACAUGUGUCCCGAGUUCGGCGCGACCGUCGCUCACUUCCCGGUCGAUAGCAGGUCGCUGUUGUACCUCGCUCAGACCAACCGUCCCAAGGAGAAGAUAGACGUGAUCGAAGCUUACUUGCGCGCGACAAAACAGUUCCGGGAUUAUCAGAACCCCAAAGAGGAUCCCGUCUUCUCUGAGGUGGUGGAAUUGGAUCUGUCGACGGUGGUGACAUCUGUGAGCGGGCCGAAGCGGCCCCAAGACAGGGUUUCCGUUUCCGUUAUGAAGAAGGACUUCCAGGACUGUUUAAGUAACAAGGUCGGUUUCAAAGGAUACGGUCUAUCACCAAAACAACUCGACGCGUCAGGCAGCUUCACGUUCAGUGACGGCAGGUCUUACACGAUCACUCACGGCUCCGUCAUCAUAGCGGCGAUCACUUCGUGCACCAACACUUCCAACCCCAGCGUCAUGUUGGGAGCGGGUCUCCUGGCGAAGAAAGCUGUGGAGAACGGCCUCAGCGUUCUGCCGUACAUCAAGACAUCGCUGUCGCCCGGUUCAGGGGUCGUCACAUACUAUUUGAGGGAAUCCGGCGUGAUACCGUAUCUGGAGAAAUUAGGUUUCGACAUCGUAGGAUACGGAUGUAUGACGUGCAUCGGAAACUCUGGACCAAUAGACGAUAACAUUGCAAACACUAUUGAAAAGAACGAGCUGGUCUGCUGCGGCGUGCUCUCCGGCAACAGGAACUUCGAGGGGCGCAUCCACCCCAACACGCGCGCCAACUACCUCGCCUCGCCGCUGCUGGUCAUCGCGUACGCGCUGGCGGGCACUGUCCACAUCGACCUGGAGACUCAGCCGUUGGGUACACGUCCCGAUGGCUCCUUAGUCUUCCUUCGGGACAUCUGGCCGACGCGAGCUGAAAUACAAGAGGUCGAGAACAAGCAUGUAAUACCCGGCAUGUUCAAGGAGGUAUACGGUAAAAUCGAGCUGGGAUCUCCCUCGUGGCAGGCUCUGUCUGUCCCGCAAGGCAAGCUUUACGGCUGGGACCCAAAUUCUACUUACAUCAAGAGGCCACCUUUCUUCGACGGUAUGACUAAGGAAUUACCAGCUAUCAAGAGUGUGAGGAACGCCCGCUGUCUGCUGCUGCUGGCUGACUCGGUGACCACUGACCACAUCUCGCCGGCCGGCUCCAUCGCCAGGAACUCGCCCGCCGCCAGAUAUCUGUCCGCUAGGGGUCUGACCCCGCGCGAGUUCAACUCCUACGGCGCCCGUCGCGGCAACGACGCGAUCAUGUCGCGCGGCACGUUCGCCAACAUCCGGCUCGUCAACAAGCUGUCGCCCACCACCGGGCCGCGCACCACGCACUUCCCCAGCCAGGAGGUCAUGGACAUCUUCGAUGCUGCUGAGAGAUAUGCGCAAGAGCAAGUGCCUCUGAUUGCUAUAGUUGGUAAGGAUUACGGGUCCGGUUCGAGUAGAGAUUGGGCUGCCAAGGGACCUUACUUAUUGGGCAUUCGAGCGGUAAUAGCCGAAUCAUUCGAACGCAUCCACCGUUCGAACCUGGUCGGUAUGGGGAUCAUUCCGCUGCAGUUUGUCGACGGACAGAACGCGGAGAGUUUGGGGUUAACUGGCUCUGAACAGUAUACAAUACACGUGCCUAACGAUAUAGUCCCUGGACAGAUUCUGGAGGUCCAGGUGGACACAGGCCUAACAUUUCAAGUGAAGGCACGCUUCGACACCGAAGUAGACUUGACCUACUUCAGAAACGGCGGUAUUCUCAAUUACAUGAUCAGAAAGAUGUUGUAAUGUACCUCUUAAUAUUACUCUUCUAGGGAAUCGGAACUAAUUGAUAGGUUAUCAAUGUUAGUAUGUAUAAUGAUUAAGUAAUUCUAGCGUUAAGUUCGCCAAUUGUGCUAUACAUUUGUAUUUUGUGCGUUAGUUGAAAUAAAUAAAUAAAUAUAAAAAAACCCGAAACCGCCGAGCUUGCAUGAAGAGAGUUAUAAAUGUGGAUGAAGCGAAGGUUGUAUGCAGAGAUCGUGGCAAGUGGAAAGAGGUAGUCUCUGCCUACCCCUCCGGGAAAGAGGCGUGAUUUUAAGUAUGAAUGUAUAAAAAAAUCAUAUACCACCACGUUAAUAAUGUGUGUAAUAUAUAUAUAUAUGUAAAUAUCAUUGGAUAAAUGUUAUUUAUAUACAUUUUACACACACAUCACGUCUCUAUCCUUUACGUGGUAGACAGAGCUAAUUGUACCAAAAUUCGAAGACAAUAUUCAGCUUAAUGUUCACUUGUUUUUUUUUUAUACCUAGUAAGAAUCGACUGUAGUUAUAUUUUGUAAUUUUUAUAGCAAUAUUUUCUUUUAUUAUUGGUGUAUUAUGUUAAGGAUAUUUUUUUUAUAAAUUAAUUAGGUUGUGUUAAGACUAAAGGGUAUAAAGCAAUUAUUUUAUAUGGCAUUUAAAUUAACUGAUAUAUUUUGAUACUUAGUAUCGUCCGCGUGAAAUCUAUACUAAUAUUAUAAAGCUGAAGAGUUUGUUUGUUUGUUUGAACGCGCUAAUAUCAGGAACAACUGGUUCGCUUUGAAAAAUUUUGCGUUGAAUAGACCAUUUUUCGAGAAAGGCUUCGGGCUAUAUAACAUCACGCUGCAACUAUAAGGAGCAAAGAAAUAAUGGAAUAUGUGAAGAAAACGGGGAAAAUUAUUCAUCUUUUUUUAUUAUUCAUUCUUGAGGUCUUCAAUGAUGCCCAAAAUAACUAUUCCACGCGGACGCAGUCGCGGGCACAGCUAGUGUAUCAUAUGUCCUCCGUACUUCACACUAAAUGAAGGCGAAAUUUCAUUCAGAUCGGUUCAGUUAUUUAUAAACAAAUACUAUCAUAUGAUAAUGGAUGAAUUGACACUUCUCUACUCCUCACGGGGUAGAAGGCGUCUCAAAUUGAUGGUCACAAAGUAUAUAUUUUUUUCUCACAAUAGCGUUAUUUGGUUUUAAAUUUUUACAUUUUAUCAGUGUUGGUACCAGCGUAAGAACGGCAUGUAAAUGCAUGUUAAUGGAUGUGGCAUGAUGUAUUAGAUUGGAGAGUUUACAAACAUACAGAACUAGAAAUUAUUAUAACUCCUAGAACGAAUUAUAUGGAUGUUUACAAACUAUUUUAAUUAAAAAAUAUUGGUUACAUUUUUUUUUUCAAUUGUAUAUCCCUAGCGGGGUAGACAGAGCCAACAGUCUUGAAAAGAUUGAAAGGCCACUUUCAGCUUAAUUAACUUUAAAAAAAUCUUUUAUGAUUUGUAUUUUAUAAAUUUAUUAUAUUACAUACAUAUAAUAAAUUUAUAAAAAGAAAUAUCGUCAAAAUAGUUUUCCCGCCACAGAUAUAAAAAAAUAUCUAUGCUUUAGUUUUUAUAGCGUUUUAUUUUUAAAUUUAAAAUGGUGGAUGUAAGUGUAAUAUUUGCUUUAAUAUUGGAAUGGUAUGGAAUAAAUAUUUUGUUAUAUUA